AUGGCUUCUUUUAGCGUUCCUUGUCCUAAGAUAUCAUCUCUCCUGGGCGCUUCAUUGGAGUCGGAAAACCGUCAGGAGCAUCUCCCAUGUAUCGCAUCGUUUCCUCGAUCUGAUUCUAGAUCGAAUCUGGGCCCUUUAUUUCUCACUCAGGGAUGUAACCGGAGCCAAUCAGAUGUUUUUAGGGUGUGUGCACAGCUAAACGAGGUUUCUAUUGAGAAAAUAUCAAAUUCUGCACCAGCUCUUGAGACAAAAUUAGCUGAAGAAAUGAAAAAUCAAUACACAGUUCCAGAUGCAUCAUCCAUUUCAGCAUUCAUGACUCAAGUGGCGGAUCUUGUCAAGCUAGUAGAUUCAAAAGAUAUAAUGGAGUUGCAGCUUAAGCAAAUGGACUGUGAAGUCCUUAUAAGAAAAAAGGAGGCAUUGCCACAAGCAUCAGCUGCAGCCCCUGUUUUUUAUGCACAACCUUCCACUCAUCAGGCUAUGGUUUCACCGCAAUUGCCUCCUUCAAAUGUCCCUGCUCCUGCUUCUCCUGUUCCUUCAACUCCAGCUUCAGUGCCAGCACCACCUGCUCUGACGAAACCAAAGUCAUCACAUCCUCCACUAAAAUGUCCUAUGGCUGGAACAUUUUAUCGUGCUUCUGCCCCAGGGGUACCACCUUUCGUGAAGGUGGGAGAUAAGGUCCAAAAAGGGCAGGUAGUAUGUAUUAUUGAGGCCAUGAAACUGAUGAAUGAGAUUGAGGCUGAUCAAUCGGGAACCGUAGUUGAUAUACUUGCAGAUGAUGGGAAACCUGUCAGCGUGGACAUGCCUCUAUUUGUCAUUGAGCCAUGA